CGUUGACACCCAUGCCAGCAUGGCAUUGCUCAUUGUUCUCGCUCUAUUGCUGCUCGAAUGCGGUUAAGGUUGACUCGUCGUGACAGAGAUCCUUUUUGUCUGGACUGCAAUGAGGCAUCAACCGUUUCUUAUUGUCUUAUUGUUCUAGCCAUUGCAGAUUGGCUAAUUUUCUCAUCACUGUCAUUUUAGGAACGCGCUUAUUGUGAUAUUGAGGGAGUGGGGAACGCUCUUAAUACCGCGAUGUGGAUGGAAAUCGUCCUGGCUGGAUCCAUAUACUUCCUUCGAUCGCCCAACACGGCUGUAACGGUCGAAGAUAUCUUUUAGUCGUGCAAUAUUGUAUGCCUGGACCUGCCGCGUCGCAACCUAUUAUUAUUCCUACGCGUUCUGAGCACAGCGUAUCUGUUGAUUCUACGCAAGUACGACCAACCUCGAUUAUCCGAUUCAAAGACCUCCCAAAGGCAGGACCAGGGACUACGCGUCCACCUCUUCCAAAGACACCAUCUGCAGCAUUACUAGAACAAAUAGCUCUUUAUAAUCAGCAAAUAUCAAUAUCAUCCUAUAUGGAAGCACCUACUUCGAAACAUCCCUCCUCGUUGGCAUCUCCCAUUCGCCUUGCACCUUCAUACACCACUCCCCAUCUCGUACACGGUCAUGGUCAUCCGACUCCGCCUUCAGGCCAAUAUCAUCGCCAGGUUUCUCAUUCCCAAUAUAACCCCCAUUGUCAGCCUCUUCCCCGCCCCGGAGCUUUCCCAAAGUUGUCGCCUCUUUCUAAUCAUGAUUCCAACUCUACCUUUACUCCCGCGUCGGGACGUCCUAAUCCGACUUUACCUUUCGUGAGACCAAUACCUAUGAAGUUGGUGGGACACACUUCCAAUGUUACUCCCGCACGUCGACCCCAAGUACCUGGAUCUUCUCCUCCGAUGGUCAUUUCGCCGCUGAAAGUCAUGUUUGAUAACGCUUCCCGCGGAAUCCACUCCGAGCUGUCCUAUCUGCAGGCGUCUUGUACCGCCCUCAUUAAUAGGGAGCGAAAAGAAAAGGAGAUGUUGCGUGCGCAUUAUUUCCAGAUGAAACGAGAACGGGACGCUGCUCGAGAUAAGUUGAAGGUUUUGGAACAGGCGUCUUCUCCUACCUCGCCUACUGCACAACCGAUGAAGCAGGAAACAAAUGCGUCUCACCUUCAGAUCAAGUCGAUUCUUAAAAAGCGCUCUAGGGAUGAGAUCGAGGCCACGGCAUCUAUCUCUUCCGCGUCGUCCUCGUCCUCAUCUAGGUCCUCUUCCCCGCCAUCCCCUCGCACACCAAGUCCCGUAUCAGAGCUUCAACACCUUUAUUUACCUCCCAUACGUGACCAAUCGUUGGAACUAGGGUAUCCUGACCACACGGAAAUCCCGCAUCGCGUUCUUUCUUCCCCACCUCCCCCUCCAAUAUCGGCACGAAAGAUGGUCUUUUUAUCGCCACGCCCCACUGCUCCUGUUACGCUUCUGGCAUCUAGAUCAUCUUCCGUUUCUCCUCCAGCAUGUCCGACGAGAACCUCGCCUGGAUUCGUACACCCCACUCGCAAAGCUUAUAGUGGUCCUCCGUCUCCCAACCCCAUUCAACCGUCAUCACCAUUCCUACGCCCCGCCUUGUCGCGGGUGUCCCGUCUGAACGCGCCGGAGACAGAGCUCUCACCAGUGGAUUUCGCACCAUCGGAUGAAUCAUUACCUCCGGCGAAGAGGCGAAGGACAGCGAAUCAUACAAAAGAAGACGUUUUUUCCUCUGAGCUGACUGGAGCUUGUGUUUCCUACGUCACAGUUACACGCUCUCUUGAUGUGAAAAAGGAGGAUAUGACCGAAGUCGGUUUUGGUGAAGGUGAUAUGGAGUUGGAAAAUGACUCUGAAGGAAGUGAGGCCGGUUCAGAAGGGGAAGUCGCAAAAUCAAUUGUGUCCAAUUUCAGCCUCACUCCUCCAUGUCCUGUCGCGGGCAUUUUCAACCCGGCGCAGCCACUAAGGCAGAUGUGUUCCAAAUAUGUACGGUCCUUCUCAAGCAGGCCAACGAGUUGAUAUCAAUGGCCGUUGAUCUCUCUUGAGCUAUUAUGAUUAUCUUUCUCUGAAUUUUCAUUCCCGCACGCCCCUCAUAUAUACCAUUCAAUCAUUCAUUUGUAUGCACGCAAUUAUGCCACGGUAUCCUUACAUGUAGCAAUGUACUCACUACUCAAUCCUUUCUAUAAGAUGGAGCAUUCGUCAAC